AUGAGCAAGCAGCGCGAGCAAGCGAGCCGCAACAAGGUUGAACCCGACCUGAGUGAGACGUCACAGACAUCGAGCACGUCCAGCACGACGUCGACCAGCACGACGUCGACCAGCACGACGUCGACCAGUACGACGUCGACCAGCACGGCGUCGACCAGCACGACGUCGACGUCGUCCAGCACGACAUCGGCGAAGCCGCCACCACCAACAAGUGCCCCGUCCAAGCCAGGAGACUUUCUUCUGUGUUCCGUCACAUCCGGCAUGGCAGACCAUCUCCCUAAAGAUGGCUUGUGCAACGUAAUCUUCUUUUCGCUGAUCACGACCAACACCAGCGUGAUGUUUUCUAGUAUGAGAGUAAUUGCGUUGAACCGCAUCAGAAGAUACGUUGCUGCGUCAAGGAGAACUCAAUGCGGGCUCGACUUCCCGUUCAACACUAUUGUCGAGCACCGAAACAACAUCGGAAGUUCAUCGAUGCUCCAAGCCAUCAGAGAGAUCGGUGCGCCCUUGUCCGGCGUCCUCACUGCCAAAGUGGGACCAAACUGGGAUGAGCGUAGCGAAGCCACGAGUGUCUUGCUUCGUGUGCUGCAGCGCAAACUACAGAGCACGGACGGGCCAGCCAUCGGAGUGACUGCAGAAGGCGCGUCCGGCAAAAGAAAAGAUGUCCUUGGAGUCCUUUCACGUCUUUUGAAAGCGGUAAAUCCUAUGUAUGUGGUCUUCCGUAGUUCUAUCCUCGUUUCGGAUAAAGGCUGUCAAGUUCGAGCACCCUCACCGUUGCAUGGCGCCUCGCCGUCUUUUUGGUGCAGGGAGAAAAGAGUCCGCGUCACCGAUGGAGUCUACAGCCUGGCGUGGGACGGUUUUACUGUGAAAGUGGCAGAUGACCUGGUCACCACAAAAGAAAAGUAUGCACGUACACUUCUGCACUUUCCUAUUCGCUACCUGGACAAAGCGUCUUCGAGCUUCGCCGAAGAUGCGGACCCACUUGCGUAAACGCCGAAAACAAGAAGCUGAGUCAGGAAUCGGUCUCAUCGAAACCAAUCCUGACGAAUAAAAAUUAUUUGUUAUUUAC